AAGAGAACCACGUCACUUCAGAGAAAAGGACACACACGUUUAACUUCGGCUUCAGGAAACUGAACGAGAGGUAGAAAUGUGGCGGGAUUUAAACUUUUCAUAAAGUUUAAAGAUACUGAAAGAUAUUGAGAAGCAGACUGAGGGAGAAAGAGAGAAACAUCCGCUCCUUAAUCCUCGGCAGCACCUGAUCUAAACAUGAUGGAGGAAGUGCUAUUUGUGGAUAAACAUCAUAUAGCACUAGUCCAGAGAGUAAAAAACAUUGAACCAAUUCUGGAUGGACUGCUCUCAUAUAAAGUUAUCAAAAGAGAACAUUAUGAGGAAAUCCUAUCCCUCCAUGGCCCUCGGGAGAAGAUGAGGGCUCUCCUAAGUGGGCCUUUGAGAGUCUGUGGACCUGGAGGAAAAGAGAUAUUCUACAAACUGCUGAGAGAACAUGAGUCACAUCUCCUCGAUGACCUUUGUGAUGACUCUGAGAAAUAUAAGAAGAAUAAGAAAGACAUGGAGGUAGAAAGCAUGAUGGCUCAGAAGAGACUUCUUGAAUCAUUGAAUGAUUUGAGUUCAGAUGAGCUUAACCAAUUCAAGUCACUCAUUGAAUUAGAGGAAAGUUUCCCACUGAUCCUAAGGGGUCGACUCAAAGCGGCAAACACAGAUGAAACAGUGGAUCUGAUGGUGAAGACGUUCAGCGGAAAGUGUGUGAAUAUGAUCAAAACGGUUUUAAAGAAGAUGAACAGGACUGAUCUGGUGCAGAGAUUGUCAGACAUCAGCUCAGGAACCAAAGAGGAACCGCUUCCUUCUCUGAUCCAGAGCGUGGAAACGAUGGCGUCUGUCAUAGAGCUGCUUCUGGAAACACUGAAAGAUUUGAGUGACCAGGAUUUAGAGAGUUUUAAGAGGGUCCUGAAUCAAAUUCUCUCUGACAGAGGCUACCCAGACAUCUCAUCAAGGUGGCACAUGAUGAGAGACAGGCAGAACAUGGUGUUUUAUUUGGUGCAAGAUCACAGCCAGCACAGACUGCUGGAGAUGACCACUGAGGCUUUUGAGAAGAUGAACAGGACUGAUCUGGUGCAGAGGCUGUCACAAAGCAGCUCAGGACCCAAAAAGGCACAGCGACCUGCAGUGAUCCAGAAAGUAGCAACAAUGGCAGCUGUUAAACAUCUGCUUUUGGAAACUCUGAAUGAUUUGAGAAACAAGGAUUUAGAGAAAUUCAAGCAGACCCUGGAUUUAAUUGUCUCCAAGAAGAAGCCGGGAUAUGUUUCAUGUAGAUCCUCACCAAGCAGAGCUCAAACAGUGAAACAGAUAAUACAGAUCUUCGGCCAACAGUGUGUAGAGAUAACCAUGGAGGUUUUGAAGAACAUUAACAGGAAUGAUCUGAGGCAGAGGUUGACAAAGCCCAGCUCAGAACUCAAAGAGAUGUACUCUGUGGAUGAACAUCGACCUGCACAGUCCGAGGGAGUACAAAUUGCAGCAGUAAAACCGAUCCUUUUGAAAACUCUUAAGGAUUUGAGUGACCAUGAGCUCGACAGAUUUCAGUGGUUGCUGCCCUUCACGUACUUCCAGAAGAGCAUAUACUUCUGUUAUGGAUAUCCCAAUUGGACAGAAAGUGCUCUCCAGCUAGUGGAUCAGAUGAUUGAGACCUGUGGUCCGCAGUCUGUGGAGGUGACCAGGGAGGUUUUAAUGGAUCUGGACAGAACUGAUCUAGUGGAGAGAUUAUCAGAGACUAUCUUAAGACUCAAAGAGAAAUGGCUUCCUUCACUGAUCCAGAGAGUGGAAACGAUGGCGUCUGUCAUAGAGCUGCUUCUGGAAACACUGAAAGGUUUGAGUGACCAGGAUUUAAAGAGUUUUAAGAGGGUCCUGAUUGAAAUUAUCUCUGGCAAAGGCUACCCAGACAUCUCACCAAGGUGGCACAGGAUGAUAGACAGGCAGGACAUGGUGUUUUAUUUGGUGCAAGAUCACAGCCAGCACAGACUGCUGGAGAUGACCACUGAGGCUUUUGAGAAGAUGAACAGGACUGAUCUGGUGCAGAGGCUGUCACAAAGCAGCUCAGGACCCAAAAAGGCACAGCGACCUGCAGUGAUCCAGAAAGUAGCAACAAUGGCAGCUGUUAAACAUCUGCUUUUGGAAACUCUGAAUGAUUUGAGAAACGAGGAUUUAGAGAAAUUCAAGCAGACCCUGGAUUUAAUUAUCUCCAAGAAGAAGCCAAGAUAUUUUCCAGUGAUUUGGGGUUCCUCACCAGGCAGAGCUCAAACAGUGGAAAAGAUAAUAGAGAUCUUCGGCCAACAGUGUGUAGAGAUAACCAUGGAGGUUUUGAAGGACAUUAACAGGACUGAUCUGAGGCAGAGGUUUACAAACUUAGAACUCAAAGAGAUGUACUCUGUGGAUGAACAUCGACCUGCACAGUCCGAGGGAGCACCAAUUGCAGCAAUGAAAGAGAUCCUUAAAACUCUUAAGGAUUUGAGUGGCGAUGAGCGCUACAGAUUUAAGUGGUAUCUGCCCUUCACGUACUUCCAGAAGAGCAUAUCCUCCUUUCAGGGAUAUCCCAAUUGGACAGAAAGUGCAUCCCAGCUAGUGGAUCAGAUGGUGGAGACCUGUGGUCCGCAGUCUGUGGAGGUGACCAGGGAGGUUUUAAUGGACCUGAACAGAACUGAUCUAGCAGAGAGAUUGUCAGAGACUAUCUUAAGACUCAAAGAGAAAUGGCUUCCUUCACUGAUCCAGAGAGUGGAAACGAUGGCGUCUGUCAUAGAGCUGCUUCUGGAAACACUGAAAGAUUUGAGUGACCAGGAUUUACAGAGUUUUAAGAUGGUCCUGAGUCAAAUUCUCCCUGACAAAGACUACCCAGACAUCUCAUCAAGGUGGCUAAUGAUGAGAGACAGGCAGGACAUGGUGUUUUAUUGGGUGCAAGAUCACAGCCAGCACAGACUGCUGGAGAUGACCACUGAGGCUUUUGAGAAGAUGAACAGGACUGAUCUGGUGCAGAGGCUGUCACAAAGCAGCUCAGGACCCAAAAAGAAACACUCAGAGGCACAGCGACCUGCAGGGAUCCAGAAAGUAGCAACAAUGGCAGCUGUUAAACAUCUGCUUUUGGAAACUCUGUAUGAUUUGAGAAACGAGGAUCUAGAGAAAUUCAAGCAGACCCUGGAUUUAAUUGUCUCCAAGAAGAAGCCGAGAUAUUUUUUUUUGAUUUUGAGUUCCUCAACAAGCAGAGCACAAAUAGUGGAAGAGAUCAUUCAGAUCUUCGGCCAACAGUGUGUAGAGAUAACCAUGGAGGUUUUGAAAGACAUUAACAGGACUGAUCUGAGGCAGAGGUUGAGAAAGCCCAGCUCAGAACUCAAAGAGAUGUACUCUGUGGAUGAACAUCGACCUGCACAGUCCGAGGGAGCACAAAUUGCAGCAGAGAAACCGAUCCUUUUGGAAACUCUUAAGGAUUUGAGUGUUCCUGAGCGCUACAGAUUUCAGUGGUUGCUGCCGUUCACGUACUUCCAGAAGAGCAUAUCCUACCUCUCUUAUGGAUAUCCCAAUUGGGCAGAACGUACACUCCAGCUGGUGGAUCAUAUGGUGGAGACCUGUGGUCCGCAGUCUGUGGAGGUGACCAGGGAGGUUUUAAUGGACAUGGACAGAACUGAUCUAGCGGAGAGAUUAUCAGAGACUAUCUUAAGACUCAAAGAUAAACAUCCGUCCGAUCCACCGAAGGAAGAAGUAACCGUGACAUCACUGGAGGAGAAGCUUCUGGAAACACUGGAAGAUUUAAGUCACGGAGAGCUCGAGAAAUUCAAGCGUGGCCUCCAAAGAAUCUCAAGUCAGAGAUUAGAGACGGCGGGGAGAGUUGAGAUUGUGGAUCUGAUGGUGGAGAUCUACGGCCAACAGUCUAUGGAGGUGACAAUGGAGAUUUUAGAGAAGAUGAAAGAAGAUUAUGGUCUGGAGCAAAAGUUGUCAAACAUCACUUUAGGAUCCAAAGGGGCUUCAAGAAGCUUAGAUCUUGAGGGUAUCGGAAAAAUGACGAAGGACUCCAGUGGCUGGACUAAACUUGAACCUGAGGUGAACAGUACAGAUGAAGAUGAGGCAUCAACUUACAGCCUAAAGUCUGAAGCGGGAAACUUUGAAUGCAGUGUCUCAGGCUUGCGCUGGGUCUGUCAGGACAAGGUCAGCUUUAAGUACCAGUUUUGCUCUUCGGAGGAACCCAUGAAGAGGAUGGAAAUGAUGAGAUACAUGCCUGCAGGUCCCCUGAUAGACAUCACAGUGAUUUCUGGGAAGUUAUUUGAAGUGUACCUGCCACACUGGAUCUGCAUAGAUGACAUCCCUGAAAUAUUGCAAAAGUUUGCAGUCCUGCACAUAGAUGACUGUGGAGAUGUUGUGGAAACAGUGUCUGAAGUCACAUCGUCCCAUGUCAAGCUGUGUGAACCAGUUUUCUCUCUAAGAGCCGUCCUGAUGAAAAUGGUUAAUUUGUGCAUUCCACCAAAGAUACGCUGUAACGUGUUGAUUUAUUCAAAAGCCUACGCAUCCUGCACCGUUCUUCAUGUUUACCUGACCCCGCUCGAUCCUGCUCUCAAAGAGACCAUCGACAAGAAAAAAAAAGACUUCAGAUUUAUCGAAAAGCCACGCCCAAACGAGGGCCUGACGCUGCACCAAGAUUUCAACCUCACAGCAGACAUAACAACAGACAAGAUUUUCCCAGAGAAAAUAACCCUCACCAAUGAUAGCCAAGAAAAGCAACACCCAAUAUUCUUUGACGUGGGCUUUGAGAAUCCAGACAGUAACUUCCACCUUACACUCUCUCAACUUAACAACGGGGAACCACAGUUACCACCAGUAUGGAGCUGUGUGAUUCGAAAAGUGGAACACUCUUCUGAUGAGAUGCCGGGGGUGGCAUCAAUCACAACGACAAAAGAGAGGCUUUUGAAAAUGCUGGAAGAUUUGGGACAGGAAGAGUUCAACAGAUUUAAGUGGUUCCUGCAGUACAGUGACGUCCUCGCAGGCCUCCCACGCAUCUCAUGCAGCCAACUGGAGAACAGUAACAGAUUAGACCUGGUGGAUCUGAUGUCGCAGACCUACAGCCAAAAGUCCUUGGAGGUGACCAAGAAGAUUUUCCAGAAAAUAAACAGGAAUGACCUGGUGCAGAAGUUGUCAGACAUCGGCUCAGAAUCCAAAGCUGAAGGAUAAUCAGCUUGAGGAUACUGCGGAGGAAGAAACUCAGUAGAUGAACACGGAUCCAGAGAGUGAGCAAGGAGACAUCUUUCUGGUUCUAAACAAGCUUUCAUUCAGUGAAUGCUGGAUGAAAAUGAUCAUCACCAUCGCCAUAUUUUGAUACACACAAAUGUAUAUUUUUUAUCACGAUUCAACUCUUCCAGAAUUGCAGAUGUAUUCACGUUUAUCUAUUCAGCAACAAAACGUAAAUGUUUUCUUCAGUAACAUAUCUUUAGGAUAUCAGUCAUACUGAAUUUUGCAAAGUUUUCAAAACAGAAGUGGAAAAUGAUUGUAAAUACUUUUCAGAGGUAAAGAAAUGUCCCUCACUUUCUCAAAGUUAAGCAAUAAGUCAUUGAUUAUUGUUGAGGAUUUUUCAUACAGUUUAUACCUUAGUGCAGUGGUUCCCAAACUUUUUCAGUCGGGACCUCCUUGGGUAUUGGAAAUAUUUUCGGGACCCCACAACCCGGUUCCCAUCUAUAUUGGUAGGAUUAAUUGUAUAUUGUUGUAAAAACAUUACAUUUUCUCUGCUAAUAAAAAGAAGAUACAAAGAUCGAACUACUAUAAUAAUAAUAAUAAUAAUAAUAUAUAAUAAAUAUAUUAAAUAUUAUUAAAUAUAAUAAAAUGCUUUUGUAUUUUAUUAUGGAUUACACAUGAACAAAAGUGCUUGUAAUAGAUACUGUGAAUUAAUUUGGCCUAAUUAAAACGGGUUGGCCUUCUUCCCUGAGUAGUAGAUUUUUAAAUUCAAAUUUCUUUAAGGAAAAUAUAUUAAUUAACUACUAUUUCUACUGCAGGUUGCAAACGAUCACAUCACUUUACCAUUCCUAUUCCACACUAGUUUAUAAAUUACUUGUGUGUGCUUGCUUUCCCUUGCAGAUCUUUUCAAACCGGGGCUGUUGUUUUGAGACUGCCCCUCUCAGUUCAUUCUCAAUGUUCAGCUUUGAUCUGUAUUUCGUUUUGAUGGCAGCAACAGCAGAAAAAGCCUAUCUCACACAAGUAGGAUGUUGCAAAAGACAGCAUUAUGCCCACAGCUCUCUCACCAAUGAGAUAUUUUCGAGCAUUGUUUGUUUACAAUUGAAUAAUAAUAAUAAUAACAAUACAUUUGAUUUAUAUAGGUGCACUUUAAAAACAACGUAAUCUCAAGGUGCUUCACAAAGCUAAAAGGAGAAAAUAAUAAAAUAAAAAAAUCUUCCCGCGACCCCCCUGCAGUACCUCCGCGACCCAUCAGGGGUCGCGCCCCACAGUUUGAAAACCACUGCCUUAAUGUAUAUUUUAUUCAGUUUUUUUCAAGAUUUAUACCUAAAAUACAAUGUAUGUAUUUUGUGUCAUUAUUUCAGUUUUUUGCAGUCAACGUUUUUCUUUAAUAAUGCUCUUAAUAAAGCACUCCAAACUGCCUUCUUUAAAGUUGCUAUACAAAUGUGUCCUUUUACCAUAUGGAUGUACUGAAUCCUUUGAAUGUACCAGUUUGUAACAACGAUGGCUGACUUUUUGUGGAUGGUCAAAUAAAAAAUUAUUUUUAAAAAUGUUU